GAACGACCAUUCGCAGCCAUGACGUUUAAAUCACGCGACAUUGUGUCACAUGUGUUGAUAUACCGAUCUCGUGUUGUUGACAAACAUGACUGCGGCGAUUUUUACUGCAUUGAGCAUCCUUACUAAACCUAUCCGAGCAGAGACCAGUCCAAUUGGCCCCCAAGCAACCCAACAGGAAGUACUCGUGUCUGCUCUCCAGAGGAACCAGUCGGAACUGAAGCGAAUGUUGGAGGAUGGGGAGCUUGAGGUGGCCCGCCGUUUAAUGGAGGAAGUCAGAAGCGAGACACAGUGGUUCUGUGAUCACACUGAUGAUCUAACCUGGAGCUUUGUACAGGAUUGCCUCCUCCUGCUGCUCUCCUUGGCUCGCCACCUCAGCAGGCUGGUGGAGGCUUUUAACCAGGACUCAACUUCUGCUGUUCCAAACCCCCGUUCUCCAGAGGCGGCUCCACCAUUACCCCCAGAUGUCCUUAGUGUGGCUCAACAGAAGACUUUAAGCACCGUAUUGCAGUUUCUCGUCACCCUGGGCCUGUGUCCAUAUUUGGAACCUGGAGUUGGCGUGAGUCUGGCCUUGCGCUCUGCGUUUGGGAUUGCUGUGAAGGCUGCAGUGUGCCGUGAUGUGGCUCCACCUUGUGAACGCAGACUUCUCAUAACCACUACAGUUUUUCUUGAGGUGGCUGCUCUGUCAUCCCUGGCUACUCUGGUCUAUACUCGCCAUCUAGGUGACCUGAUGGCGGCACUUUGCCAGUUAGGAUAUCGGCCUCAUCGGCCUGAAGUAGAUGGUGCAGAGAAUAAUAUGGGCCUCACUGUGGAAGAGCGGAAGACAUGCAAGCAAGAACUUCAGAGUCUUCUGAAAAGGGUUUAUCAGCCAAUUGCUAUCGAGGAACUGCUGGUCCUUCAAGGAGGCCCCAAGGCAGUCCCAGGCUCUAAGUUGCCUCAGGCUCCCCCCUGGUUGAGGCGUCUUUGUGGUCAACUGCUCUCUGAGAGGUUGAUGGAGCCACGUGGGGUCCAAGCAGUGGUACGAGCCAUCCUGGAGGGAUCUGGGGGUGGAGACUCAGAUUGGAGGAAAUGUGAUGCAAUAGCCAAGAUCCUGGCAACUUGCCCGCAACGGUCGCUCUCUGCUGAGAGUUAUUACAGUCAAGUGUGCCCACAGGUUUUGGACCUUUUCCACUUUAAGGACAAAACAACGGCACUGCAGUUUCAGCGAGUGGCAACCAAGGUGGUGUUCACCAUGGUGGAGCUUCAGCCUGAAUUUGCUCAGCGCUUCUUACUGGCACCUCUCUUUUCACCCCUACAGCACUGUGCAUCAGUCCCAGCAUGUGUUACAGAAGAGGAUGUAGUAGCUGAGUCUGAGCUGACCUGUUGUGUGGAAGAUGUGUAUAAAAUUUGUGUGGUGGGAAACAGCCCAUCUGGAAUACUCCUAAGUGCUGUUAGGGAAGUAAUUCCCACAAUCUUCAGCCUGUUUUGUUAUACCAAACAAAAUGUCUCACAUUUACGCAAUCUAUGCCAGGAGAUCUUGCAAUGGUAUCUGUUGCACGUGGAACAAUCCUCAGCACUUUUGCUUCUCAAACACCUGUGUACGGUGCAGGGAGGUGAAGGUGGAGUCACACCUGGCUACCAUUUUUCUCCUGGCAGUGAAGGAGGCAUCAGGCUCAUCCGAAAAGACCCAGUCAGUGAUGAGGAUGAUGCUCUGUAUGAGAAAGUGUCAGGAGAUCAGUGGAAAGUGGAGUGUCUUGUGCAGCUCUUGGCUGAGAUGAAGGACACGGAUCUGCCAGGAGAAUUUUUUCUCUCACUCCUGCAGAAUCUGACAGACUUGGCAGCAGAGCAACAGGAGCCGGAUAAUGUACUAGACACAUCUUCCAUGACCUUGCUGGAGCUGGAGAAACACCUCACGGGGAGUGUGAGUGAUUAUGGUCAGAGGCUGGCUCUCCUACAGAGUCUGGCUGUCAUGUGUGAGAUUCUGCCUCACACACAGCUAUUGCGCAAGACCACACAGGUGGUGAGUUUUAUAGUGGCUAUGCUACAGAGGGCAUGCGUAGGUCUGGAAUAUGAGUCAGAGAGCUCAGUUGAGAGUCAGACUCUGAGUAUGGGAAUGGGGCUGGUGGCCACUUUGCUGUCUGGAGCUGCACAGCUGACUCCAGAGGACUACUCCUCGAUGGCCCGGUUGCUGGCUCCUCUGGAACAGAUUUCACAGCAACACCCAGAGCCAGUGAUACAGGAGCUGGCAUCAGAUUUGCGGGCUGCCAUAGCCACACGAGGGGCUUAUCACUCUGACUCUGUGACUAAUGCGGCUCAAUGCUGCAGCCAUAGCGUUUCUGCUCAAACAAAGUCUCGGGUGAUAGGCCAGAGCAAAGGAAAUCUUGCCAAACCUUGUGGGACCUCAAAAAGCUCAAAAACCCAUGUUAGUCAGAACAUUGCGAUGCCACAUGCCAGUCAACAAUCACCUAAAAUUACGUCUAAUCACUGUUCAGUCAGUGCACAUUCUGCUGCCUCCAUGCCUUCACAUCCUCAAAAUACAGCACAUCUUGCCACAGUUAGCACAUCUGCGGAAGAGAGGCUCUCUCAGGUCCAUAGUUUUCAGCAUAUAGAUGAUAAAAAUGGAAAAUCAUUAAAACCAAAACCUGCUGCCAGCACACACAAUGCUUCCACUGCUCCGAGUCCAAAGGAAGAUUUCUCAAAGUUGCUGCUGGAGUCCUGUGACCCAGAUGUGCCUACCCGGGCCAUGGCACUGCGGGCACUUACUAAGUAUGUGAAAAAGGGAACCAAGGAGGCACUACAAGAACGUGACAAGCUGCUGAUGAUAUUUUUGGAGAACUUGGAGCAUGAAGACUCAUUUGUUUAUCUUUCUGCUAUUCAAGGCCUGGUCCUGUUGGCUGACUCAUUUCCUGAGCAGAUCCUGCAAAGACUGUUGGCUGAAUAUCAGGCAGGUUUAACUGCUGCUUCUUCCAGCAGGGGGCGAUGUCUGGAGACACGCCUCAAGGUGGGGGAGGUUCUGAUGAGAGCUAGUAGAGCCAUGGGUGACCUUGCACCGUACUAUGGCCGCCCUCUGAUUGGGGCAUUUCUGAGUGGUACACGGGACGAAGACUGCAGCUUUCGUGCCAGCUGCUUGUCCAAUCUGGGAGAGCUGUGCCAGCGCUUACAUUUCUCCCUCGGCCCACUGGCACAGGAGUUGAGCAUGUGUCUCACAGCCCUGAUAAAGACUGAAAAAGAGGCAGAAGUACGAAGAGCUGCAGUCCACGUCAUUGCUUUACUACUGAGGGGGCUCAGUGACAAAACCACUCAGGUUCUGGGAGAAGUUCUUUUGGAGCUGUAUCGGGCUUUGAAGUGGGUGGUGCGCUCCGACCCUGAUGAGGUGGCUGUACUCCAUGCUCAGCUGGCCCUGGAGGAACUUGAUGAUGUCAUGAGGAAAUUCAUUUUCCCUCAGCAGAAAAUGGAAAAGAAGAUUGUGGUUUUGCCCUGAGUUUGGAUUCUUUCAGGACUAAACCUUAAAUGUUUCUUGUGCAUAAAUGUGUAAAGAACAUUUCCACUAUUUGAGGUCAAAGUGUAGAAAGCAAAGAAAACGACAAGUGAAAUCAGGUUUUACUCUGCACACACAACGGAGCAGCAGUUUAUUCUACGUUAUUUCUGUAGUUCCUGUGCCCUUCACUCCCACCUUUUUUUGCAAUACAUAAAAAAAAGGCAAGGGCUGACAUUACUGAAAAAAUAAACAUUGAGCAGUGUAAAGGUAUUUUUUAAAAAGAGUUUUACAUGCUACUGAACUGCUGCAUGUCCCCUUAGCCUCCAGGAAUGAUACAAAAAAAAAAUAGAAUAUUCAUCUUUUUUAUAUAACAUGUUUCUUCAAUAAAUUAUAGUAGUACAGUGAAA